AAAUACUUACUCAAUGUUGACUAAUCAGUCAGUCUACUCUUAUACAUUUAACAAUUAACAUUGAAAAAUUCCUUUAUUUAAAAAAUCGGUGGAAUUACAAGCUACAAAUUCAACAGGAUGAAAUUCUUGCACGUAGUUUUGGCCAUUGUUUUGGCAAUAUUCGCAUUUAUUGUUCAAACUAAUGCCGACUUUUGUCCCUGUCCCCGUAAUUAUGAUCCCGUAUGUGGCUCAAAUUCUGUGACUUAUGCGAAUCGUUGUCAAUUUGAUUGUAGUAGACGUGAAGUGGAACGCAGUGGACGCAGUUUAUCAUUAAUGCGUUCUGGACCCUGCUAAGGAUUUUAAUUAGUUUAGAAUCUAUAUAAACAUGUUCAAUGUUUUUUCUAACAAAUGUUUCAUUAAAUAUGUUGUUGUCUUUCAUAAAAAAUAUAAUUGUGUACAUUAAUAAAUAAAAUUGUGUAAAUUAUUAAAAAAAA